UUGUUAAACUAUGGCAUAAACUUGGAUUUGAUGUGUUAGUAUUCAAUGAUUUACAUUAUAAUAGUAUGAUGCAAAUAAUUGGACAACUUCAGUCAUUUCAGUAUACAGAUUAUGACAUUUUCACGUGUUGUAUUUUAACGCAUGGAUCAAGAGGUAACAUUUAUACAUCUGAUAACAUUCCUGUUGAUAUAUAUAAAGACAUCAUUUAUAAAAUUUGUACAGAAGCUUUACAAGACAAACCAAAAUUAUUUGUCAUUCAAGCAUGUCAAGAAGAAAUUAAUCAGAAUGAGAAAUCAUUUGAUAAUAUUAAAUUGGAUAAUGAUACCACUUUAAAUCGAUAUUUAAUGGUGGCUAUGUCAACAACUCCAUUAAAUUUGUCCUUUCGAUUAGAUAAAGCAGGAUCCUGGUUCAUCAGGGAUUUGGUUGACGAGUUUAGUAACCGUGAUACAACAUCAACAGACAUAUAUCAACUGAUGAACAACGUAAACUACAAAGUCACCAGACGUUGUGGUCCAUAUAAGAACAAGACUGUGACUCAGACCCCCGAACUCCGAAUAACUGUCAUGCGUCCAUUAUAUUUAAAACGAUUAGAAAAACCUUCUCCCAUUCUAAAACUUAAUUGUGCCGACGCCAUUAAUUGCCCAUUGUUAUUUUCAUUAGUCGAAAAUUUUCCAAUAAAACCCGACAUAUAUUUGGUAUGAUACUUUUUUAAACUAAAUUAUCUUUAAAUAGUAAAUAAUUUGAUUAUUCAAAAAUAAUGUUACUCGAGAUACAAUGAAAAAUUUUUUUUUAUUAGUACCGCUUUUAUUGACAUAUUGUUGACAAUUGUCAAUGUAUAUAGUUGAAUUUAAAAAUGAUGACUUCUAAAUGUAAAUUUCAUAAUACACUAUUAUUAUUUUCUUACAUGUUUUUUGUCAUUUAUGUUUUUAAUUAAAUGCAUUGUUUUUACUUGGGUAUGAAAAUUGUAUUUGAUUUAGAUUGAAAUUUGUAACAAAUUGCACUUUCUGUGUACGAAUUUAAUUGAUGUUUUAUCUUACAAGGAGAGAUUACAAUGUAAUCCCCUCGGUAUUUCAAUAAUGUUUGUAUUGAUGAGCCUUGGUACCAACCUUAUCCAGCAAAGAAAGAAAGUACACUUUUCAGCAUUUUCAAGAAAAUCAAAAUUAAAAAAUUCUGAUUGACUUAUCAGUAAGAUUUGGAGAACUUUCAUUGAGGACAACAUUGUUUAGUGGCAGCAUACUUACUUACAUUUUCAAUUCUGCUGGUUCGUGUCUCACCAGUGAACUAUUUUUUCACAGAAAUGUAAGUUUUACAUAAAAUAAUUGUAAAUUACAUGAUUUUGUAUAUAUUUCUAUUAAAAAUGUACAUUUUCUCUUCUUUGAAAAUUCAAUUUUGGAAUU